ACAAGCACCACCCAAGCAAACCAUAUAAUAUAAUUAAUAUACUAAUUCAAAGGCUGUAAAACUUUAUACCAUACUCCGCACGCAUUUGUAAUCAUAAUGUACUCUACUUCUCUCUCUAUAAAUCCCUCUCUCUCUCCUCCUUUUCUUUCGUCUGUCACCACCUUUACUACCUCUUCUUCUUCUCUUUACAACUCUACUAGAUUUAGUUGCUUCCACCCUCUUAGAUCAAAACCCAUUACACCCUUUUGGAAAAAGACAGGUUUUUGCUCUAUACAAGGGUUGAAGAGUGUGAAAAGAAGAAAAACUUUGGUGCUUGGAGCCACGAACAUGACCAUAGCCGAGGAUAGUUUGCUUGAGGUCGUGGAGGAGGAAGAGGGUCCCCCUGACUCUGCUUUGCUUGAUACUGAGAACAAUUCUAGGCCCCGUAGGAUUGCUCUCUUUGUUGAACCUUCUCCUUUUGCGUAUGUCUCUGGAUACAAAAAUCGUUUUCAGAAUUUUAUAAAAUACCUUCGCGAAAUGGGAGAUGAGGUGAUGGUUGUGACAACACAUGAAGGAGUACCCAAGGAAUUUUACGGAGCCAAAUUAAUAGGAUCCCGGAGCUUCCCUUGUCCCUGGUAUCAGAAGGUACCCCUGUCUUUGGCACUUAGUCCAAGAAUAAUUUCGGCAGUUGCCCAGUUUAAGCCUGACAUAAUACAUGCAUCAUCACCUGGCAUAAUGGUUUUUGGUGCUCUUAUAAUUGCAAAGCUUCUGUCUGUUCCAAUUGUCAUGUCCUAUCAUACCCAUGUACCAGUAUAUAUUCCAAGAUACACCUUUAGCUGGCUUGUGCAACCCAUGUGGUUGAUCAUAAAAUUUCUACAUAGAGCAGCUGAUCUAACUCUGGUGCCAUCAGCUGCCAUUGGAAGGGAUCUCGAAGCAGCUAGAGUAACAGCAGCUAACAAGAUCCGUCUUUGGAACAAGGGUGUUGAUUCUGAAAGUUUCCAUCCCCAAUUCAAAUCCGAGGAAAUGCGAUUAAGACUGAGCAAUGGUGAACCCGAGAAGCCCUUAAUAGUUCAUGUUGGACGGCUUGGAGUCGAGAAGAGUUUAGAUUUUUUCAAAAGCAUCAUGGAUAGGCUUCCUGAAGCAAGAAUUGCUUUUAUUGGAGAUGGACCCUACAGGGAGGAGUUAGAAAAAAUGUUUGAAGGUAUGCCUGCAGUGUUCACAGGAAUGUUAGGAGGGGAAGAACUAUCUCAAGCAUAUGCAAGUGGUGAUGUCUUUGUUAUGCCUUCAGAGUCAGAGACACUUGGACUUGUUGUUUUAGAGGCCAUGUCUUCAGGGAUUCCUGUGGUGGGAGCACGUGCUGGCGGCAUCCCAGACAUAAUCCCUGAAGACCAAGAUGGCAAAAUUGGCUAUCUCUACACCCCAGGUGAUCUUGAAGACUGCUUGAGCAAAUUAAAGCCUCUGUUACAUGAUAAAGAGUUGAGAGAAAUCAUGGGAAAAGCUGCACGUAUUGAGAUGGAGAAGUAUGAUUGGAGGGCAGCCACUAGAAAGAUUCGCAACGAAAAUUACAAUGCUGCCAUUUGGUUCUGGCGCAAGAAAAGGGCUCAGCUUUUGAGGCCCUUUCAAUGGCUUGCUAAACGCAUUUUCCCAUCACCAGAAGCAAACUUGUAGUGUGAUGUAAAAGCACCUUUCAAGUUUUAGAUGCUUCUUUAAUUGAUUGAUUGCUUUGGCUUUAAGGAAGACUUGUAUGGGACAAAAGUGUGGUUGAUUGAGUGUAGUGCAUUCAUUUGAUGUAUAUAAUGGGACAAGAAUUAUGGAUUGUGCCAUUAUGAAGUGGAUUAAAGUUGAAUUUCAAUUCA